AUGGCUGUACAAGACAAGGAGUUCCUUCAAUGGCCCAGGCCUAUGAGAGCAGAAGCAAACCAGCGAGAUCCUGACAAAUACUGUCAGUAUCAUCAAACACACGGCCAUGACACCAACAACUGCUACCAGCUGAUCAGUGAGAUCGAAAGGCUGAUAAAGAGGGGGCACCUCAAGAACAUUGUGAAGAAGCCGAAAGGAGAAAGGCCUCGGCUGAACCCUGCAGCACAAACACCCAGGAGGGCGGGAGCAGGACCGGUAAACGAUGGUUCUAGUGGGACCAUCAACAUGAUUGUAGGAGGAACCGGAGGUCGGAUGAGUCGAAGGGGAAAGAAGAGAAGCCGAGAAAGGGAAAGCAACAAUGCCGAGGUCAUGCAGGUAAUUGAGCACUCUCCAGUAACCAUCACUUUCUCUCCGGAUGAUGCCCAGGGUGUUCAGAUGCCUCAUGACGACGCCUUAGUUAUUGAAGCCGUCAUCCACAACUACUGGGUUAAGAAGAUCUUGGUGGAUGACAGGAGUAAGGUGAAUUUACUGCCGUACAGGGUCUUCCAGCAGAUGGGAAUCCCCGAGGAGCAAUUGGUUCAGGACCAGGCACUUUAG